AGCAAACCGUUUUUCAGCAGCGUACACGCAUGAUAAAUACACAGAAAAUUCAAAUGCUUUUAAUAACGGACUUAUUAUAAAGUUCCUUUAAAUAAAUACAGCGCUGAAAUCACCCACAGUCAUCGGGACCAAAAACCUAACAUAGCAUCCAAAAAACGCUCCAUAAACGCUGUGGCAGGCUAGCAGGCUAAGCUAAAGCAAAGAUGUUUAUUUAUCUCAGUAAGAAGAUUGCGAUUCCGAACAAUACGGUGUUAAAGUGUGUGUCUUGGAACAAAGAUCAGGGUUUCAUCGCCUGUGGAGGAGAGGAUGGCAUGUUAAAAGUGCUCAAACUUGAGACUUACACAGAUGAUGCCAAAAUGAAAGGCUUGGCGGCUCCCAGCAACCUCUCUAUGAAUCAGACACUGGAGGGCCACAGUGGUGCAGUGCAGGUUGUGACGUGGAAUGAACAGUAUCAGAAACUGACCACCAGUGACCAGAACGGCCUCAUCAUUGUCUGGAUGCUUUAUAAAGGUUCAUGGUAUGAAGAAAUGAUUAAUAACAGGAAUAAAUCUGUGGUGAGGAGCAUGAGCUGGAACGCUGAUGGUUUGAAGAUCUGCAUUGUGUAUGAGGACGGAGCUGUGAUCGUGGGCUCGGUGGAUGGGAACAGGAUCUGGGGUAAAGAACUGAAGGGGACCCAGUUGGCACAUGUGGCCUGGUCUCCAGACAGUAAGAUCUUGCUGUUUGGGAUGGCCAAUGGAGAGAUCCACAUUUAUGACAACCAGGGAAACUUCAUUAUGAAGAUGACCAUGAGUAGUUUGGCGAAUGUAACGGGUGCCCUCAGUAUAGCAGGUAUCCACUGGUACACGGGCACAGAGGGGUAUCUGGAGCCAGACUGCCCCUGCCUGGCUGUUUGCUUUACUAACGGGCACUGCCAAGUGUUGCGGCAUGAGAGUGAUGACAGUCCUGUGAUCAUUGAGACGGGUAUGUGGCAUGUGGCCAGUAUCCAGUGGAAUCAGUGUGGCAGUGUUCUAGCUAUAGCAGGAUCACUAAGAAACAGCGGAGCAGAGAAAGACUUAAAUGUUGUUCAGUUUUACGCACCAUUUGGAGAGCACUUGCGGACUCUGAAGGUUCCGGGCAAGCAGAUGACUGCUGUAUCAUGGGAAGGUGGAGGACUCCGAAUUGGCCUGGCUGUAGAUUCCUACAUUUACUUUGCCAACAUUCGGCCAGAUUACAAAUGGGGUUACUGCUGUAACACGGUGGUGUAUGCAUACACACGGCCUGAUAGGCUGGAGUACAGUGUGGUGUUCUGGGACACUAAGAAUAAUGAGAAGUUUGUAAAAUAUGUCAAGAGUCUCAUGUCCAUCACCACCUGUGGAGAUUAUUGCAUCUUGGCAACCAAAGCGGAUGACACACAUCCACAGGAGGACACUGAGGCUGAGGCUGGAUCAGCUAUGUAUGUUCUGGUGUUGUGUAACUCCAUUGGAACCCCACAGGACUCCAAAUAUAUUGACGUCGACCCUCUGUACGUCACCAUGACGAAGACUCACGUGAUCACUGCAUCUAAGGAGGUGUUUUACGUUUGGCAGUAUCGUGUGGCUAAGAAACUCACUGCUCUUGAGAUCAACCAGGUUACCAAAACAAGAAAGGAAGGUCGGGAGAGGUGA